UCAAACCAGAGACUCUUAGGAGGUCUGUUGGGUCAGACAGAGAGCAGUCCAGAAAUCAUCCAGAGAGUUAUCAACAAACUGAAGGUGAUUAGCUGUCAGGGCAAAUGCCCUGACAGAUGCAUAAAUAUUCUCCACUGUCUCCUAGAGAAUAAUGAUCUCUCAGUACUUCAAGAGAUGCAAGACUUUCUAAAGUCAGACAACAAAUCAGAAACGGAACUCUCUGGAAUCCAGUGCUCGGCCCUGGCAUACAUACUGCAGAUGUCAGAGGAGGUUUUGGAUGAGUUGGAUCUGGCGAAGUACAAAACAUCAGAGGAUGGACGAUGGAGACUAGUUCCAGCUAUCGUAAACUUCAGAAAGGCUAGACUUCAUGAUGUUUUUGUCUUUGGGGGUAGCAUUGGAUCUCUGGCCAUAGCACUCACUGCCAAUCCCUCACAUCUGACUGAGCUGCACCUGAGUUCAGUCAGCCUGGGGGAAUAUGCAGAAGAUCUUUUUACUCAUCUGGGACAUCCAAACUGUAGACUGGAGACACUCAGAAUUGAGAACAGUACUUUGUCAGAGAACAACUGUGCUGCUCUGCUCAGUGCUCUGAAGUCCAACCCCCCCUAUCUGAAACAUCUGGAUCUAAUAAGAUGCAACCUGGAGGGCUCAGGGAUGAAACAGCUGUAUGAUUACCUGGAGAGUCCACACUGUAAAAUACAGUUUAAAAGAGUGACUUCGGUUUAGAUAUUGCACUGUGAUCGAGAUAAUUCUGCAGUGAUGACUGCAGUGGUUUUAUUCAGACUUCUUGAAUCUGUUCCAGAAGGUACAAAGACACAAUGACCGUGUGUCCUUAACUCCAAUGUCAAGCUUUGGUUUAUGGAUGAGGGCUUUGAAAACUGCUGAACUUCUCUUCAGUGGAUGGAGUACAGGAUUGACGUGAAACACCUCGUCCUCGGAGUGUGCUGAGGUCAUUUCCACUUCAGCUACUGCUGUAUGCCUUUACUUCCUUGAUGCCCCCAGUGAGUGUGUCAGUACUGGAAUGUUGACUUUCCUACACUCUGAGACAUUCAGCUCACUCAGCUAAAGGACACGUUGUAUUCAGUUUUGAUUUGUUACAGAGCAGAAUCUUCUGAAACAGGUUUCAUUGUCCUCAUUUCACACCCACCAACCCACUGAGGAGACAACAGUUAGAAUGCAGACUCAAAACACAGAGAUGUUGUCAUUU